GGGAGGUGGGGGGUGCUCUGGGGCUGGCGGGGGGUCGGUUGGUGACGCGCAUCAUUCUGAAGGAGGAUGAAGAGAAGAAGAGCAGCGGCAGCAGCAGCAGAAGUUGCAGCAGCAGCGCCAUAGGAAGGAGCGGGGGGAGGAGAGGAAGAAGAAGCCGCCGCCGAGGGAAGGAAGGGAAGGGAAGGGAGGAAGGGGCAACAACGACGACGACGACGCCGCCGACGGACGGAUUCAUCAUCAACGAGGACGCCGGGGCCAGACGAAAGCUGAUCGGAAACCAAUCGGCAGUAUACAACAAGACCAAAACACAAAGACGGAGAGGGGGAGGAGGUGAGAGGGGCAUUCAUUCGGGAAGCCAGCCAGCCAGCAGCAGAGGACGAAGCGGUCUCAGACGCAGACGACGAGGUCGAGGUUGAGGACGAGGCGAGACGGGCCCCGGGGAGUCGGGGGGUGGUCGGAGUGGAGCGGGAGGGCCGAGGACGAGGCUUUGAGGCUUUGAUGAUCAACCUGGAGGUCCAACGAUUAUUAUGUUGUGUGGAUUGUCUGUGAGUGAGGUCUUCUGUGCGGGGAGGUGUUGCGAGAACGAUCUGAAAGCCUCGAAGCGCAGGAUCGGACCUCUUUUGAGUGUAGCGGAUUAUGUUGCUGAUACCGGCUGGGCGAGCAGCAUGGGCAAUAUGUAAGGGCUGAGUUGUGCAGAUCGAUCGUCGACUUGGGGACUACUGCAGACCACACGCACGGAGGAAGACGACGAGCGAGACAGACAAGGACGAAAAUUGGCGGAAGGCGUUUGGGUGGUGGUUGUUGUUGUGGUAAUUGGGUUGCGGAUUGGUGUUGCUUGCACGACGCUCGGGCCCACGCAUGCCCUCGCUGUUGUAAAGUACGCGGUGUCGCAAGGCUUCGAGCCCGGAUCGUGCGCUGUUGCGGGACGUGCAGCUUGAUAGUUCGAAGUUAAGGUCCCAAGGAUGGCUCCUCCUAGUCAAUCAACUCAUUCAGGAAAUGCUGAGCACAAGAAUCCACUGAAGAAACCUCUUCUGAAGAAGAUCCAGGCCAGGUCCCGGCAUAUUACGCGAGAAGAAAGUAAAAUCAAGGAAACAUGGGUCUAUAUCUCGACGUGUAUAGCGGUAAUGGGACCUACGUCUCUAGGAUUCCAGAUGGGAUAUACGUCUCCAGUACAGCAGCAGAUCAUUCAAAGUCUUAAUUUAUCUGUCUCAGAGUUUUCUUUCUUCGGUUCCCUUGUUACCGUGGGAGCAAUGCUUGGAGCCGUUCUCAGUGGGAAACUUGGAGAUGCAUUGGGCCGGAAAGGAGCGCUCCUUGUUGCCUGUCUUCCCAGUAUAGUAGGAUCGGCUCUGAUCACCUUCGCUGAGGGUAAAUUGCCGCUUUAUUCGGGCAGAUUUUUGACUGGUCUUGGAGGAGGAAUAGUCUCCUUUGUUGUACCAGUGUACAUCGCGGAAAUAGCUCCCCGCCAUUUGCGAGGUACCCUUGGUGCCAUGCAGCAGCUUGCAGUCACAAUUGGUAUUAUGCUGGCAUACCUCGGAGGUCUGUUCUUGAAUUGGCGCUAUCUAUCAGCCGCAGGGACGUUUCCGAUCAUCAUAUGUCUUAUUGGGCUGACUUUCAUACCAGAAAGUCCUCGAUGGCUAGCUAAGAACGAGAAGUCUGAAGAACUUGAAGCGUCCCUGAAGAAACUGCGAGGAAUGGAAUAUGAUGUCUCAAAUGAAAUGAGAGAGAUGCAGCAAACGGUUGAGGCAGCUAAAUCGGAACCACAAGCUCAGUUCACGGACUUGUUCAAGAGAAGGCUAGCACGCCCCCUCUUUGCUGGUAUCGGCCUUCAAUUUUUGCAGCAAUUUAGUGGUGUUAAUGGUGUUAUGCUAUACUCAAGCGCCAUAUUUUCCUCUGCUGGUAUCUCUUCAGCCAAUGUGGCUUCCCUAGCAUUAGGUUCCUUGCAGGUUGUCAUGACCGUUGCGUCAGCGGGUUUGAUGGAUAAAGCUGGCCGACGCCUGCUUCUCAUGGUUUCAGCGAGUGGAAUGGCAUUGAGUUGCUUUCUUGUAGGGUUCUCCUUUUACUUGCGGAAUGUACAAGAGCAAUAUUUAUCAUCAGGCAUGAACAUUUUCAUCGACAUUCUUGCUUUAGCAAGUCUUCUUGUAUAUAUAGCUUCGUUUUCUCUUGGACUUGGUCCUAUCCCAUGGAUAUUGAUGGCAGAGAUUUUUCCAGCACAGGUGAAAGGUGUAGCUGGAAGUUUAGCAACCCUAAUCAAUUGGUCUAGUGCCUGGGUUAUCACUCUGACAUUCAACAUUAUCUUUCAAUGGAGCUCCGCAGGAGCAUUUUGGAUAUUUGCGGUAGAGUGUGUCUUUGCGGUUAUCUUUGUUGCCUUGUUUGUACCCGAAACACGAGGCCGGACGUUGGAGCAGAUUGAGGCAUCAUUCAAGUAGAUAAUGCCCCUCUUGAGCAAAUCCCGUUGUGCAACAUCAGAGGAUAAAAACCCUUUUUGAAAGGGGGAUGAUGCCACUUUGUACAGGCCAUAUUAUUUCUUGAUCUGAUGUUUAGCCUGGGCGGUUCAGCAAGAGACUGAGUACUAUAGAUACAUCAGGUGUAUAUUCUGCAAGGCAACAGACAAAAGACAAAUUGGAACAUGAUUACGGUAAAUACUAUUCUGGUUCACGAGAAUAUCGAUGUUCGGCUGCUCGGUCAGUUUGGCAAAUUGAGCCAAUUGUGAGGAGAAGCUGGAUGGCAGGCGGAGAUAUCUUGCUCGCCGAGAAAAAGUGAAGACAUGACACUGAUAGCAGCGAGUGUGUUAUUCUUUAGAUCCUGAAAUAUAUCAUUUCAGGUAUGGUUCACAAUGUAGAUUUUUCUUAGUGUUACACACGUGAUUUAGAAAAGCAUGAGUAACUUUCACGUCUUCCCAAUUCGACCUGAUAUGAAGCUUCUGCCCUUUCGUUUCCAGGGUUAUUUGUGUGCUUUCAAAUCAUUCGUAUGCUACGUCAAAAGGUCACCUCGACAUCCACGAUGGGGGUGUUGCAUUGUUAUGUAUAGUAUCUACGACGAAAAUUCGAACAGUCUGAAUAAACUUUCCUGAAUCAAAUUCUGUAAAUUUUGGCUGAAUGUCCUUACGGACAGGAACUAAGCAAACGAGUGACACUUCCCUGAGAGUAGUUCUAGUUCGGGUCGUCAAGUUACAAACAUAUCUGGGUGCUCGGUGGAUUAUACGAUGAGAAUCAUGUCUUGACCUCUUUGUGUAGAAAUCUGGACCGUUAGGCUUCCGCGUGCGUCUUGAGUUUUUUCAAUCGGGAGUAGUCACAGUCUGUCGCGACUUCUAUGUACUGGAAGUGGGGGUAAUAUCAUAGUAUACCUUCCAUCCCUAGUUCUGCCUCUCAAGGGAUUACCUUCUCGCCUGAGAAUACAUGUGGAUAUCACUUGUAUCGAUGAAUGCAAUCCCUGCCUUAAUAUCAUCUCAGAAAAAUUGUG